ACAUAACCCAGCACACUGCACGAUUUACAACCCAUACCGGGCGAAAUUAUUUUCCAAUAAUAUUUAUCAGUGAUUGCAACCCCUUUAUAUCAAAAUGAAUAUGUUUCCGCAAUAUGCGAGCAAAUUACGUUCGCAUCCAGUACUUCGUAGUGCGUUAAUGGUGAGUAUUCGGCACCGUAGCAGCAGCACCAGCAGCAGCCCGAUUUCGCAAACGGCUAGCGCGAAGGAGAAAAUUGUAAUUCCGGCCCGAAUAGAGCGUGAACCUACCGAUAUUUUAAACGCACUAUCCAGCACCGUCGGUUUUGAUCCUACGGCGGCUCACUAUAAGUAUCAUGAUGAUCCAUUUUUGCUACCAAUCACUAACGCAAGCAAGAAAACGUAUGCCAUGGCUCAGGAAGCUGGUCGCAAGGCUGCCCGAUGGAUCAGACAGGAAAAUUCUAAGCUUUUUCAGCACAAGGAAGCAGACCCACCGAUAAAGGCAUUUAUCCCUACAAUGAUUUACACAGAGGAAAGUCAAGUGGAGGAAUCAGAUUUGCAACAGUUGAUCGACAAUGCUGAAGUGAAAGAUGCUUUACUGGUGUAUCAACUGUUAAAAAAGAACAAUGUGGAAAUCAAACCGGAAGUGCAGCAAUCGCUCCUUGAACUCCUGUGCUUCUUCAAUCACGAAGAAACACUUCCCGAAGAGUUUAUUGAAGAACGUUGGUUUCGGCAAGGAGUUGCUGAAAAGGGUUUUAGACAGAGGAAAACUUGGAAAGAUUUUGAAUUGGCGGAGCAGCUUUUUCACGAGGUGCAGGACAAGCAACCAAAGCACUAUUGUGCUUUAAUCCGUGGAAUGGCCAAAUUUUACCAAGUUGAGAAAGCGUGGGCACUCUAUCAGGAAUCAAUCGAGAAGAAUAUUCAACUUGACACGAACACUUUCAACAGUUUGCUUCAGAUAGUUUCCUCACUCAAGGAAAGCUAUGAGAAGCGCUGGGAACAGGUUUGUGAAGUUAUGACCGCUAUAAAGGACCAAGGUUUACGGCCAAAUGUUGGAACACUAAAUGCUAUACUGCAUACGAUUAGUACUAUCGGAGGUUACAAUCAUCCCAGAAAUUAUGCACUUAAAACUUUGGCCGAAUUUCGAAGGCUUGAAAUCGAACCUUCGCUUGCCAGUUGGUACUACAUUCUUUCCAUUUUCUGUCGUCCUCGUGGACCCACCAGCCAUGUACUUCACGAUAUUAUGAAUGAAAUCGAAAAUAAAGAAUUUACAAUAAUGGACCCAAAGGACACGUUAUUUUUCACGAUGGCGAUGGACGUUUGCCGAAACCAUUUGCAUGAUAACGACUUAGCGAAACGAGUCAACGCUUUGCUUCAUUACAAGGACAAUUACAACCUAAUUGGAGAUUCGUAUAGAGAAUCCAUUUACUACCGGCACUAUUUCAGUCUUCUUUGCAGUGCCGAACCACUGGAAAGUUUCAUGCAAACUUACCACAUGCUAGUUCCAAAUGUUUAUAUACCGGAACCGACGAUAAUGGAAGAAAUUCUGAAGUCUAUCGAUGUGAAUUGUGCCAUGGAACAUUUGCCACUGAUUUGGUCUCACAUGAUCCAAUUCGAACACACCGGUCGAGAGAAUCUACUUACUUUGGUACUACAGAUGAUUAUCACAACUCCCGCAACCGACCCGGAAACGGUUGAACGAUACACUAAUAUCGCUUGGGACAUGUACACCCGGUUGGAAGAGAUGAUUGCCUCGGAACAACGCAACCGACAGCAAACGUCGCUAUCGGGACCGAUUCUUGGCGAUAUCCUUACUAUUUGCUGUCGCGGAAAGGACAUGGACAAAGCACAGAUUCUGUUCGAGAAACUACACAGUCAUCAGAAUUCCAUCGUUGGAGAUCCGAAACUAGAGGGACUGCGUUCGUUUAUCCAGCUUUGCAUCGAUGAACGAAAGCCCAGCUUGGCAAUAGGAUGUUUGCAGUAUUGCGCCGAGAACGGUUACCCGGAAAGUGCCGAACUGGGAAGGCACAUCAUGACGUCGUUAACUUUGGAUGAGACACUCACGGGAAAAAUCAAGCGGAUUGUUGGGCCUGCGGCACUAGAGCAACCAAAGGCGGAUCAAGCAAAGAGUGAAUGAUUUACACAUUUGUUAAAGCAGUUUUAAUGUUUAGGUAAAAAUACACAGUUAGAAGAUGCGA